CCAUUGUCGGCGCCCCGCUUUCCCUGGCCUAUCCUUGCCCCCCUCCCCCCCGCCCUCCGCUGCUUCUCUCCCUCUGCCAAGAUGGCGGCGGGUAGCGGAAGUGGUGCCGGCGCGGCCGGGGCUGCCUCGGUGGCCUCGCUGUGGAGCGAAGUGAACCGCUGCGGCCAGAACGGCGACUUCGGGCGCGCCCUCAAGUCGGUCAAUAAAAUACUGCAGAUCAGCAAGGAUGAUGCAACUGCUCUUCACUGCAAAGUGGUAUGCCUUAUCCAAAACGGAAGUUUUAAGGAAGCUCUCAGUGUGAUUAACACCCAUACCAAAGUAUUAACCAGUGAUGUGAUAGCCUUUGAGAAGGCUUACUGUGAAUACAGGCUGAACAGGAUUGAAAAUGCUCUGAAGACCAUUCAAGGAGCCAGUCAGCAGACAGACAAGCUAAAGGAGCUGUAUGGACAAGUGUUGUACAGAUUAGAACGUUAUGACGACUGUUUAGCUGUGUACCGGGACCUCAUACGCAACUCACAAGAUGAUUAUGAAGAGGAACGGAAAACAAACCUCUCUGCAGUUAUUGCUGCACAGAGCACAUGGGAGAAAGUCGUGCCAGAAGAUCUUGGCCUUCAAGAAGCCACAUAUGAGCUGAGUUACAAUGCUGCUUGUUCUUUGGUUGGGCAGGCCAGGCUGAACGAGGCAAUGAAAAGCCUACAAAGAGCAGAAGAUCUGUGUCGCCAGUCUCUCUCAGAAGAUUCGGAUGUUACUGAAGAAGACAUUGAGGCUGAACUGGCUAUUAUUCACGGUCAGAUGGCUUAUAUCUUGCAGCUGCAAGGUCACACAGAGGAAGCCUUGCAACUGUACAAUCAGAUAAUCAAACUGAAGCCAACAGAUGUCGGAUUGCUUGCUGUCAUCGCCAACAACAUCAUUACCAUUAACAAGGACCAAAACGUCUUUGACUCAAAGAAAAAGGUGAAACUGACCAACGCUGAGGGUGUUGAGCAUAAACUCUCGAAGAAACAGCUCCAAGCAAUAGAAUUCAAUAAAGCUCUGCUGGCCAUGUACACCAACCAGGCAGAUCAGUGUCGCAAACUGGCAUCAAGUUUACAGUCACAGAGUCCCGAACAUCUCCUCCCUGUGCUAAUCCAGGCAGCACAGUUGUGUCGAGAGAAACAGCAUACCAAGGCAAUAGAGCUGCUACAGGAGUUUGCCGAUCAGCACCCCGAGAAAGCAGCAGAGAUCAAGCUGACGAUGGCACAGUUGAAAGUUGCUCAAGGCAGUGUCACGAAAGCAUGUAUCAUCCUGAGGUCUAUAGAAGAGUUAAGGCACAAACCAGGCAUGGUAUCUGCAUUAGUGACAAUGUAUAGCCAUGAAGAAGAUAUUGAUAGUGCUAUAGAGGUCUUGGCUCAAGCGAUUGAAUGGUAUCAAGAAUUUCAGCCAAAGUCUCCAGUUCAUUUGUCGUUAAUUAGGGAAGCUGUCAACUUCAAGCUAAAACACGGACGGAAGAAGGAAGCCAUCAGCGAUCUAGAGGAGUUGUGGAAGCAAAAUCCAGAUGAUGUCCAUACCCUGGCCCAGCUCAUUUCUGCAUACUCCCUGGUUGAUGGUGAGAAAGCUAAAGUACUUAGCAAACACUUGCCUUCUUCGGACACUAUGUCUCUGAAAGUAGAUGUGGAUGCUCUUGAAAACUCGCAUGGGGCUACGUACAUUCGGAAAAAAGGAGGGAAACCCGCGGUUGAGAACCAGCAGAAAGAACAAGGCCAAGGUGACGUCAAGAAGAAGAAGAAGAAAAAGAAGGGAAAACUGCCAAAGAACUAUGACCCUAAAGUUGCUCCUGACCCUGAGCGCUGGCUUCCAAUGCGGGAGCGCUCCUACUAUCGCGGGCGGAAGAAGGGCAAGAAGAAGGACCAGAUUGGGAAAGGAACCCAAGGAGCAACAACAGCAGCAGCUUCUGAAUUGGAUGCUAGCAAGACUGCAAGUAGUCCACCUACAUCCCCAAGGCCUGGCACCGUAACGGCAGUGCCAUCUGCAUCAACAAGCAACAUGAUACCGCCGAGGCAUCAAAAGCCUGUUGGCGCAGCUGCCACAAAGAAGAAACAGCAGCAGAAGAAAAAGAAAGGUGGGAAAGGAGGCUGGUGACCAUGGAAAGCAGGCUGUUUAAAUUGAAAUUGCCUGUCUUCCUUUUAUUUUCUUUUUUUCCAAUUGCGAAUGCCAAGAGCAGAAUAAAGGUCAAACAAAAAGCAGGGUGGAUAUGUGUCCUUUUGUUCUCCUUUUGAAUUAUAUAUAUAUAUAUUUGUUCUCUGUAGUGAUAUUGGAGAUAUUAUUACUCCUCAUAGCAAUAUCUAUGCAUGGAGGCAUUGUCAUCAUUUGUUCAUUCCAGGCUUUGAGGAAACAGUUUUCUCAUCUUGCAUGGGUUGUCCUACAUGAGACCAUCACUGAAGGGUGAUCAGAAAUUGCAGCUGGUGCAAAACUGUCAUCAAGUGGGCACUUUAUGGAACCACAACACUAGUCUUACAUCAACUACACUUGUUUGUUUCCAAGAACAAUUCAGGGUGCUGGUUCUUACCUAUAAAGCUCUAAAUGCUUUGUGGCCAGAAUAUCUCUUCCUCCUGUAUGAGCAGGCCCCAAAAUUAUUACCCUCAUCAGAGGCCCUGUUGUAUGUACCACCAUUGGAGAGAUGCUAGUUUGGUGGAUACCUUGGGUGGGGUCUUUUCUGUAGCAUUGUGGAAUUCCUCCCCUGGGAGGUCAGCUUGGCCCAGUCUUGCCUAUUUUUUAAGGUGGGCUGUAAAAACUUGUUUUGUUUUGCCUGGCUUUUUGAUGCAUUUAUAGUUCUGUGGUUUUGUUUUAAUGAUAGUCCUCUGCUGCUUUUAAUUGGUGUUUUUGAUAUGUAUUGUUUCUACUUGCUCUCUGUUGCCUUGGGAACCCUUGUGGGCAAAAAAGCAAUGCAUAAAUACUUUUAAUAAAUAAUAACAACUAA